AUGGAUUCAAUUAAUCAUUCCAUUUGUACCAAUACAACAAUAAAUGACGGUUACUGUUAUGGUUUGCCAGUUUGUGGAUACUGUUAUCAUUUUAACAUAACACUUGAAUCAAGCAACAACUAUGAACUAUAUAAUAUGAUGGUUAUUAGGAUACUCUUACCAGUAAUUGGGUUAUUUGGUUUAUGCGGGAAUGGCAUUUCAGCUUUCAUUUAUAGUCGGAAAUCUAUGCGCAGCUCGAUGAAUAUUUAUUUAUGUGCAUUAGCAAUAUCUGAUAUAAUUAUCAUACUUACCGCAUUUUUUUUAUUUUUUAUCGAAAAUUUACGCUACAAAUCAUUGCUAUUAUCAAAAAUUUUUGCAAUGCUUACACCGAUAGCAUUUCCGCUCGGUCUCACUGCCCAGUCUUUGUCGGUAUUUUUGACCGUCACAUCAGCCAUUGAUUGCUUUCUCUUAAUUUAUUCGAAUCCUAAUUGCAAACGACGGUUUUGUAGCGCAACAACUGCUAUUAAGAUGGUUGGAAUGAUUUCUAUGUUGGCUAUGCUUUACAAUAGUCCGCACAUGUUUGAAAUUAAUGUUAUAACUUGUUGGAAUAUUGUAUAUUUUGAGAAAAGUAUUGAUGUAUGUCCAACUGAUCUACGGCAAAGUCAGUUAUAUUUAACAGUAUAUUAUGCUUGGAUGUAUACGGCAGUAAUGGCUGUUGGUCCAGUUUUGAUACUUAUUGCGCUUAAUUCGGCAAUAAUUAUUGCAUUACGGAAUACGUUACCGGUUUCCGGUGAUUCGGAUAUUAUUACACUUGUUGUUGUCGUUUGCCUUUUUAUUACAUGUAAUAUUUUGCCAUUAACUGUAAAUUUCUUGGAAUUAAUAUUUGGCUAUAUAAAUGCAUAUCUGAUCGAUUUAUCAAAUUUGAUAGUAGUUCUUAAUUCAUCUUGCAAUUUUCUCAUCUAUUUUGCAUUUGGAAGUCGAUUCCGGAAAACUUUAAAGGAAUAUAUUGAAUUAAUUUUUUACCGACAAUCAGCAAGUAAAAUAGUUGUGGCAGCAUGA